CGGCUGCUCGCGGCCGGCGCCCUGGGGGUGGUCAUGGUGCUGCUGCUCGUCAUCCUCAUCCCGGUGCUCGUGAGCUCGGCGGGCACCUCGGCGCACUACGAGAUGCUGGGCACCUGCCGCAUGGUCUGCGACCCCUACGGCGGCACCAAGGCGCCCAGCACGGCCGCCACCCCCGACCGCGGGCUCAUGCAGUCGCUGCCCACCUUCAUCCAGGGGCCCAAGGGGGAGGCCGGCCGGCCGGGCAAGGCCGGGCCCCGCGGGCCGCCCGGGGAGCCGGGGCCGCCCGGGCCGGUGGGGCCGCCGGGGGAGAAGGGCGAGCCGGGGCGGCAGGGCCUGCCGGGGCCGCCCGGGGCGCCGGGGCUCAACGCGGCCGGCGCCAUCAGCGCCGCCACCUACAGCACCGUGCCCAAGAUCGCCUUCUACGCGGGCCUCAAGCGGCAGCACGAGGGCUACGAGGUGCUCAAGUUCGACGACGUGGUCACCAACCUGGGCAACCACUACGACCCCACCACGGGCAAGUUCACCUGCUCCAUCCCCGGCAUCUACUUCUUCACCUACCAUGUGCUCAUGCGGGGCGGCGACGGCACCAGCAUGUGGGCCGACCUGUGCAAGAACAACCAGGUUCGGGCUAGUGCAAUCGCCCAGGACGCUGAUCAGAACUACGACUAUGCCAGUAACAGUGUGGUGCUUCACUUGGAGCCAGGAGACGAAGUUUACAUUAAAUUAGAUGGCGGGAAAGCACACGGAGGAAACAACAAUAAGUACAGCACAUUUUCUGGAUUUAUUAUUUAUGCUGACUGAUGUUGAGUGAAAAGACCCACCAAACCAGCCCAAAAAUGAAGCUCUUCUAGGAAAUGGAUUUGCGUGGCAGAAGUCAAUGAAUCAAGCACCCCAGCGGAGAUCGACCAGAGAACACCUCAGUAGUGGGGAAAAAACAAAUGCUACCUGAUCCACAUCUGUACGACACUGAGAAACCUUACCUUCAAAAAAAUCACGAAGCGAGUCCAACAACAGAUGUGUGAUCCACUACCGCCAAAGCAAAUACUCCUUUAUUGUUAGUGUCCAUGUGAACCAAGUCCUACAUAGAUCAGAUUUUUAUAGAAAAGAAAAAAGAAAACCCUAAAGACACUGAGUUAUCUCUUCAGUGUAUAUGGUACUUCAGUGUGUUAUGAUCUUGCUGCUUUAUCCAUACAUCAGCUUCGGUUCUUGUGACUCACUUGCUAACAGUGAUGCUUGGAGUCCACUCAGUGUGGUGAGGGCUGAUUUGACAAUAAAGGGAAGAGGUAUCAAAAUACACUCUCUCUCUCUCUCGCUCUCUCUCUCCAAAGGAAUUGUUUGCCUUGUACUUUUCUUAUCCUUCCACUUCAAACUAGAAACUAAUCAGCUUCAAGCCUUAACUCGGUGUUCCCGCUUUGUAGGUUUACAUUAGAUUUUUAACAUAAAAUCAAACAACUGAAGUUGUUUAUCUUGUCUUCCCCUUAGUUGUGUUCUAAACGAAAAAGAAGGGUAGAAGAAAUACUUUUCUUUUCUGAAAAAUYUAUUGUCUGACGAACUAUUAUAUUGGACCAGAUCCUUGAUUCCGCUGAAGCCAAUGGCAAGUGUCCCACUGAUUUCGGUGGAAAUGGGAUUUGGCUCUUGAUAUGUAAACAUGUGUAAAUACAUAUUUAGACAAAUUUUCAGGCCCAUUCUCGAUGGUCGAUUGUGUAAAUAUUUAGCAGGCCUAACGUGCAUCUCCUCAGACCAAGUUAGAGUAUUUUCUUUGCAGCAAUCAGUCUUCAAUAUCUCUUAGUCUGUACUUGGAAACUUCUUUUAGUUAAAUAGUUACAACUAAACACACUGCUGAUGUCCAACUAGAAUUUCAUAUUAAUAUAACGAGUCAAAACCUUAUUCACAUUCAGUGUCUUGUC